ACAACGCUCGCGGUGCUCCCUCUCUUAAAACUGCAAGGAGGAGGACGUUUUUGCAGAAAUGUCCACAUCACGCCUAUUCAAUCUCUUUGGAACUUCAAUUUUCCGCAACCAUCAAGCCACCGCCUUCCUCUCCUCAAUCCCGCUUCCAUGUCGACCCCUUAAACUCUUUUCUUCCCCCUCUUUACGCUCCCACCGGUGCUGUUCUUCCGCCGCGGUUCUUGAAGCCAACACUCCAGCUAUUAGUUUCACUUCUGGUAGCCCAGCAGUCACUUUGACUUCAGCUUCUCAUCCCUGGCGUGAAUGGGUCUCAUUUGUUGAUAGGUUGAAGACUAAAGGCUACUUUCCUCCUGAAAAUGCCCCCACGGCCGAGGAUACGGCUGAGCCUGGUGCUCAUGGUGUUUAUACUGAUAUGAAUUUGUUGAAGGAUGCUUGUCUUAACUUUGCUCGUGACCGUUUUGAUAUCUUCAAGUCAUUAUCCAGGCAAGAAAUUCAGACUGUUGUAGACAAGGGAUGUCCUAAUCUUCUUCGGAAGGCUGUGAAUUCUGCCAAACGGUUGCGAGUGUAUCUAGGACUUGAUGAAGGAGAUGUAUGCGGUGCUUGUCAUCUUCGUGGAUCAUGUGAUAGAGCGUAUGUCAUAUUGAAGGAAUCUGAAGCUGCUGCGAGGACUGUAGAUAUUGUGCGUAUCUUGUUGGCCUAUGCUUUAGAUCCAAUUGUUAUUGAUGGAAAAGUGAAGCCUCAGGACAUAGAGAUCAUUGAAGUAUCGGUAAGAAACUUGCUACAUGAGUUAACUGAGUUAAGUGAGACAACUCGUGCACCGGACCUUCCAGAGCCUGUUGUCAAUGUUCCUCAGCCAAAGAAGAAGUCUUUUACUUUCGUAAAGGAUGUUGAAAUGAAAAGAGGGGAUUGGAUCUGUUCCCAAUGCAAUUUCAUGAACUUUGCAAGAAACGUAAGCUGCCGUGAGUGUGGAGAAGAUGGACCUAAAGCAAUGAACUCAGAUGACAUUGAAAUGAAAAAAGGAGACUGGAUUUGUUCAGAAUGCAACUUCAUGAACUUUGCCAGAUAUGUGAAAUGCGUGAAAUGCAAAGCAGGUGGUCCAAAGAGGGUUCCGAUGAAAGAUGUCCAAAUGAAAAAGGGAGACUGGAACUGUCCACAAUGCGGUUUCAUGAAUUUUGCCAGCAAUGCUAAAUGCUUGCGCUGCCAUGAUUCACGACCAAAGAGGCAGCUAAGACCUGGAGACUGGGAGUGCCCCUCGUGUAAUUUCUUAAAUUUCAAAGGCAAUAUUGUGUGCAAGAAGUGCAACCAUGAAGGCCCAAAAGAUGUGGACACACAGUAUGAAGAGCAGAUAUGGAAGAAGCCUUUUUAAGAAACUUGUUUAUGGUAAGGCACUUAAGUUCACAUGUGAAAUCUGCUUCUUUAAUGCACUAGCAUGGAAGAUAAUUUACUCGAAAAGGGAUUCUGAGGCUUCAACUGGAGGAUACUCUGAAACAGGCUGACACAACCAAGUUAGGUGCUUUCUUUUGUGCUGCGGGCACAUAUGGUUAGAUGAAUUUAAGCUUGUUCUCUUUCAACUCUUCCUCGGGUAUCAAAAAAUCAGAGAUAAAAUCUCAAAUCUCUUUGUAAGUAUUUAUUUCUUCCUUCUUUGUUCAGAACUUCCAACGCAUGGCUUCUGCAAAUGGAAAGUUUUCUUUGUCCUAUGGCAUUGUGUGCAUAAAAAGUUGCAAUCGCAAGUUUUUGAAGC